AUGGUACCCCCUUUGCCUGUCGAUAUCGAGGAAAGAAAAAAGUUCAUGCCAAGACCGGGAGCCCAGUGUCAGGAAUUCGAAAAAUUCGAGUCGAUUGGUAUAAUCACGGCUAUAGACCAAAACAAGGCUCGAGGAUUGCUCUAUCAAGUAUACUACGACAUCGUGGAAGAAAAAUUUGGCACUAACCCGGGUUCCAGGGGAGAAAUCCGAAUGUUUACCUACCCUCCAAUCCGCGAACAGGCUUUGAUAAGGAUUAUAGAGUCAAUAGGUCAGUUUCACUGUCUUGGGAGUGUUAUCACCUAUGAGCCAACAUUCGUUGUCAACCGUCUCUAUGAGAUCCUGAAAUGGAAUCGACCUUGGCUCAUGGUUAUAAGAGAACGAGCGCCGAUACAGAAGAAAAAGCCAAAGCAGCAGGAAGAAGCACUUGAAUAUCAGAAGCCUGAUGACCAGAAUGGGAUAGAAGAGAGCACAAGGCUUGAAGCUGUUUUCGCCUACCAAGAGACAGAGGAAGAGUCUAAUCGGUGGAACGAUGAGUGGUUAGUUCGUUUUGAUCAAGCGGGAGGAUUCGAUUUCCUAAAAGAAUGA